AUGGCGGCCGCGAUGCCCAGGGGACUACGAGUCCUGCAAUCCUGCAGAGGUCUCGCCAUGCGGUCGGCGUCCGCGUGCGCGCGACCGCAAGGGCUACCGCAACUAGCACGACACGCUCGCCUCCAAUCCAACGAUGCGAAGAGCCAGACCCUGAGCGCAAUCAGCUCGAAUGCUGCCGGUGCGGUCAACUCUGCCGCAGAGGCAUCGACCCCUUCGAACCCCAUCGAUAGCAUCGACGACGCCGCGCUCGCGGAGAUUCUGUACGGCGGCCGGGGAGGGGCCAAGCAGGCUGGCGGCCUGACGGAGGCGCAGGAGGAGGUGCUCUACCGCGACGGCGAGAUCCCCCCCGCGGAGAGCGCCGAGGCGGUGCUGGCGGUGGGCGACGCCGAGGUGGCCGAGCUGGAGGACAUACACAACCUGGGCCACCAGUGGCCUCUACCGCAAAAGCCGUACCCUGACGGUUUCAACGUCAAGAAGCGAUACCAUGCUGUGGUGGAGCAGAUUACGAGGUUGAUGAUGCGAGACGGCAAGCUUGCCACCGCUCAAAGGGUGCGUAUAUUCCGCGGUGCUGAUGUCUACUUUUAUACCGAUGUUGUGCUAUAUACUGACGGUUUCUUCGCGGUGCAGAACCUGGCAAUGACGAUGAACUUCCUCCGGAUGGCGCCGGAGCCGACGUUCAGCCCCAAGUUCCCGCUCCUUCCCGGGACGCCGCCGGCGUCCCACCUGCCGCUGAACCCGAUCCUGUACCUGACGGUGGCCAUCGACUCGGUGGCGCCGCUGAUCCGGGUCAAGGCGAUUUCGGGUGCGGGCGGCGGCGGCCGGGCGCUGGACAUGCCGCAGCCGCUGACGGUGCGGCAGCGGCGGCGGCGGGCGUUCACGUGGAUCCUGGAGGCGGUGGAGCGGCGGCCGAGCAAGGGCAGCGGGCGGACGCAGUUCGCGCACCGGCUGGCGGAGGAGAUCGUGGCGGUGGUGGAGGGCCGCUCGUCGGUGUGGGAGAAGCGCAGGCUGGUGCACAAGCAAGGCACGACGGCGCGCGCCAACGUGGAGAAGAAGGUGGUGAUCAAGAAGGGCCCGUCCAAGUAA